AUGCGUAUGUAUUUUUAAGUCAUGAAAUUUUACGUAGUAUUUCAGAUAAGUAUAACAUGCAUUGUUGCAUCUAGCCCGAUUAGCAGGGCUGAUGACUGUACAGAGGAAAUUUUAGUCCGGUGUCAAGAGAAAUUCCUGACCUCUGCGAAAUACCUGACCAAGCGUGACGGGUCAGAAAUUUUGCGCGUGCAGGCGCGAAAUACAUGACGCUUGCUAAAUUCUACGUCGGCCGAAACUGUUUUUUAGAGUUUAAAUAAUUAAUUAUGAUGUUACUUUUUAAUACUUGGUUAAACAUUUCAAAUCGACAUCGCUAAGUUUCAAUUUACAAACACUUUCAAAUUCAAAGCGGACUGUGUGGUUGUGGCCGCGAAAUACACGACGUUUGUAAAAUACGGUUGAGUCGGUCGAAACGAUUUUUAAGUCCAUAUAUACGAUGUUACCAAUAGCAUCGUUAAGUGUUUGCGGCCAAUACACGAACUCAUUGUUGCUGCUUACUAAAUAGUGAGAAGGUCAAACGCGAAACGAUUACUUAUAAUAAUGCAUAUAGCAUCACCUUUGAAACUGGAGUCUAUCUUAUAUCACUAAGAGCGCUUUUCGAUUGACUUUUUCCAUUUGCAGAUUUUAGAUUCAAGCUUUAUCGCUGAACGCUAACGUUCACAACCAGUGGUAUAGUGCCAAUUCAGUUAAUGGUUGUAGAAUUUGAAAAUUUAUGUAUAAAUAUUAUCCAACAAAAUGACUUUAUAAAUACACGUGUUGUCUGUUGAGUUGCGAAAUUUAUGAGCCAAAGUCAUUCAUGCGCAUCGUUUGCGCAUGGGCAGUUCUGCAAUAGUCAGAUAUUUCGCAAGUCAGAAAUUUCGCGUUACACCGGCUAACUAGGCUCCUGCACGGUGUAUGUGGAAUUCCAGCUGGCCGACCUAGACUGAUCUGGCUUUCAGCUAAACUGAAUUAUUUCGUGAAGGGAAUUUGUAUUAAGCUGGGUGCGUUAGUUAACCGUGCUUCAUAUAAACAGCAGCUAAAUCUUUACUACUAAAUUUGUUUCAGAGAAGAAAAGACGUCGUUGGGAUCAACAAGGAGGUGAUGAUGCUCCUGCAGCAAAGAAGAAAUCUGGUACUUGGGAUCAGACUGAGGUAUUAUAUGUCGCAUCUAUUUUACAGUUCACAUGUGUGCCCAAUAUUUUUGUCACGAGUUUAAUCAUUUAUUGUGCAAACUAAUGUUAUAGAGCGUUUGCAAUCAUUCCCCAGGGACCGGCCAUGUUGGUGUUCCAGACAAAAGAGUCUAAUUAAAAUUAUUUUGAAUUGGAACACCAACAUGGCGGCUGUGACGUCAUGUACACACGCUCUAUAGCGAGAAAAUCAGUGGUAUGAACUGGAAUUUAAAUAUUUAAUCUACGUUGAAUAACCAUAUACAUAUACUGUAGUAAAAAGAAAAAAAAUCAUUUUGGCAAAUAUCGGUUCACCGCUUUCCAGCGCGAAAGUAUAAUUUUAUAAUGCAUUUCCUUGCAGUUUUUUUAACGUCUGUAAAUUUCUGUGAUUCCUUUUGAGAUAUUAAGGUUUUACUGUAAUAUCAGACGGAGAGUAAACCUCGUCUUUGGUACAAAUAUCAACAGCAGUCGUGAAACUGUCUGCAGUUGUAGUACGAGGAUGAGAAACAAACCCUCUGCAACAACAACAACAUACAUCUCAAACGUUGAGGCCCAGUCUGUUUUGGUAUUGCUCUCCUACAAUAGGUGUCACAGUUCGCUUUUCAACCACCCAAAUAUGAUUAUAAGAACUUCGUCAGUUUGACGUGAAGCCAUUAGCAUCUAAACUAAUUUCCCGAGUCCCUUCGCUAGAAAUGUCAUAGUAUUUACAGCCACAUAUCAUUAACUACUUCUGAUUUGUUAAAAUGUAGUGUAAUAUAAAACAAACGAUUCCGAUUGGCCUAUAAUCCAGCAAAGAUUUGCCAGUGAAUUUUAAUGGCCAACUUGCAUGUUAGACUAAAUUUUACUCUAAAUAAAGAGAAAGGAAUCAAACACAACAGUUAAAAAGAACAUAAUGGAAUUAGUAAAACAGUUGCAAAAUUUGGUUGCGAAAUGUUGUAAAAUAAAGAAAAUAUAGCCUUGCGAAGUUUGCAUAUUUUCAGUAUAUUUGUAUUACGCGCGGAAAUUGUUACAAUUUUCGGCUCAAAAAUGGUAACAAUUUCCGCACGAAAUACAAACACACUGAAAAUAUGCCAACUUCGCAAGGCUAUAUUUUCUGUAUUUUACUACAUUUCGUAACCAAAUUUUGCAAUUUUACUGAUUUUAAUAAGUUCUUUACGGGAAAUUACUUUUUUUGCCUAAAUCAAAAAUUAGUCUAACAUGCAAGUUGUCUAUUUUCAAUACUUUAUAUCUUAAUUCUCAACUUGUAAUUCCAUACUUAAAUUCUAUACAGUAUUUCUGAAUAUCUUUCAUGUGAAUUUUAGGUUGCGACACCGUCUGCAAGUCGGUGGGAUGAAACUCCAGGUCGAUCUAAAGGUGGGGAGACACCAGGUGGGGGUACACGAUGGGAUGAAACACCUGGACGCGCUAAAGGAAGUGAAACACCGGGGGGAAGUACCACCCCACAUCGAGGUUCAGAAACCCCUGGUGCUACACCUAGUGCAAGAAUGUGGGAAGCUACACCAAGUCAUGCCACUCCUGGAUCUACGACACCAGGAAAUAUCACUCCAGGACAUUCAACACCUGGUAUGUUUUAUAACAUUAUAUUUCAACAUUGUGCCCUGAGACUAUACCAAGUUAUCAGACGUGUUCCGAUUCUCUUGUUUAAGUAACAAUCCCAAAUCCCCAAACGAAUUACGUAAUAAUAAACGAAUUACAUAAUUUGAACAAUAAUGACUCCAACAUUCGCUACCAAACAUUCGCUACUCAAUAUUUGCUACCUAACAUUUAUUUUACUACACUUCGCGACAAUCCUGUCUACGAAGGAUGAUGUCAUCACGCAUCGUUAUUUUGUUCGGUGAUUUCGUCAUCUACAUUAACCCUGCUUACCUUUUCACACACUUUUUACACACACAAAGUUCUGUUUGAUCAGCUUUGGUAGCUUCAGUGGGACCUCAUGGCUUCAUGUUUCUUGCCAGCGCGUGGAUAUUCUUGUGCCUGUUUAAUACAAUUUUCCUCGCACCUAACAUGAUCCUAACAUGAUCGUGUAAACGAUAAAAAGGGGGAAAGAGAGAAAACAACUGUUUCUAAUAUACAUAGCCGCUGAGAGUGGAGCUUGGGGCAAUUUGUCUGAGACCCUGUAACAUCAUAUUCUUCAAGUAACAGAAAAAGUGCUGUAGUUUUGAAAGCGCUCCUCGACAUUGGUUGCUUACCUGUCAGGUUGGGGGAAAGUUGCCCUUGGUGUCUUCCACCUUCUUUGGAAGGUCUUACUAUUACUAGUACAUAGUAGUACAUCAUGUCCUUUUAAAAUCGAUUGUUCAAAUAGUUACAACUGUAAGCCGUUUCAUAUUCCCCCAUAAUACUUUAAAUGGUUUUGAGACGUCAUGGUAAGGAAAUUUUGUUUUAUGUAAUUUUACUUUCAUAUUGCUGAUGCCAAAUGAUGAUAAUAAAGAUAUAUUCUGAGUGAAUUACACUGUAACAUUAAACCAGAGUUGUUAACAUCUGUAAAUCUUGGUAAUUCCUUUUGAGAUAAUAAGGUUUUGCUGUAAUAUCAGAUGAAGAGUAAACCUCAUCUUUUGUACUAAUACCAACAACAAACGUAGAGUUGUCUGUUGUAACCCGAAGAUGAGAAACAUACCUAUUUUUGUCUGUCACAAUGAUACAGUUCAUCUUUAGUAAUCUGAUGGCAUAUUAACACACUUAUACUUACUACAUAUCUAUUACUGAUUUAUUAAAUGGUAGUUCCACUCUGAAGUAAAAGCGAUUUUUAUUGGAAAAUCUGGGGCCUUUCAACUCUGUGACUGGGAUUUGAUUCCUGCAAUAUGAUGUUAGUAUAGGUAAUAGUACGGUUUCGAUUGCAACUUGGAAAAAACAUGCACAAGUGAGUUUUUCAAAGACGAUCAAAAUUGCACGAGUCCGAAAAACGAGUGCAAUUUGAAGUCUUUGAAAAACUCACGAGUGUAUGUUUUUUCAAAUUGCACGAGAAACCAUACUAUUACUUAUUAAUAACAUAUAUGAAAAAAUUAUGCAGUCACGUGUAAGUCGCAUCCAUACUAUUACUUAUUAAUAAUAUACAUGAAAAAAUUAUGCAGUCACGUGUAAGUCGCAUUUAGAAAUUAAGAACAUUAGGAAUUAACAUUUAGGAAUUAAGUAAAUUAAGAAAUAUGAAAAAUAAUAAAUUAAGAAAUUUGUACUAUAUUUCUUUUUUUUGCACUGUAUUUCAUUUUUUGGCACUGUAUUUAGAAAAAAUUGCACUGCUCUUAGCCAAUCAGAAUUGAGAAAUUUUUUCAUCUAUGUAUAUUAUUAAGUUAUAAAUUCACUCGCGUAUAGGAAGAGUACUUCCAGUCAGUUCUACUUCGGGUACUCUAGUUUCAUCCUGUAGUAACACGCAAACACUAGAGGAUGACCCUCACUGAAGAUUUGGGUACACAUUGAUAGAGACAAAUUGAUAGAAAAUUUGGGCACAAAACUGAGCUAUCCAGUAUAAAUAAAAUUAGUUUAGUUAGAACACGUAUAGUAUAUGCGAUUACCGGUGUGUGCGUCCGGGGGGAUGUAUCAAAAGUCUGACAGUUUCAGUUUCAAAAUGUUUUCUGCCUUCCUACAAGUUUAGGCCCGUACGCCUAUAGUUUAGUCCACUUCAGCAAUAACUUAGGUAACUUAUAAGACUAUAUAAUAAUAUGCUUAAUUCUCUACUAAGCACACACAACCAGCUCCAUCAGUAAAAAGUACAGUACUUGAUGUUGAACUCGAUAUUCGCUCAAAUGUGCCAAAACAUAAAAUGUUUUAAAGAGAUUAUAAUCCAUGUAUAACCGUGUAUAUAUAGGUUUAUCAACACGUCGUAACAGGUGGGAUGAAACACCAAAAACAGAUCGUGGUACUCCUGGUCAUACAACUCCAGGCCAGUCUACUCCUGGUUGGGCUGAGACACCGCGAACGGAUCGCACUGGUGGACAAACACCAGGAGCUACACCAACUCCUGGCAGUAAACGACGAUCAAGAUGGGAUGAAACACCAUCCGCCCAAAUGGGUGGUGGGACACCCAUGAUUGGUACAAGCGGGAUUACACCGGCUGGAGCACAAGCUAUGCAGAUGUCUACACCUACACCAGGUAUGUGCACUUCCGUUGUUCGCAUUGAAGUGAUUUUGGCGAAUUCUAGUUUUCCUCCAUCAUCAAAAGCUAACCAAGUGAUCAGACACGGCUCGUAUGGUGGCUGCCAGUAGCGCCCAUUUACACUUAUGGAGAAAUACUUGCUUGAUUUCUUUUGAAUUGUGACGAUCCGAAUUAAUCCGUUCUACUUGACCACUCACAAUUCAAAAGAAAUUGAGUGAAAAAUUUCUACAGCGAAAGUUUUCUUGCAAGUGGAAAUCCAGCUUAAGCAGCUAAUUCGGCCACGUUUAAGGUGCGUCCGUCACUCCUAUCUUUACCCUUUAGGUCAAAUGAUUCCAAUGACACCUGAACAGAGACAAGUAUUCAGAUGGGAAAGAGAAAUUGAUGAAAGAAACAGACCGUUGACUGAUGAUGAACUGGAUGCUAUUAUGCCCAAGGAAGGAUACAAGGUAGUAAAGUGCUUGACCCACCCCUUUUAUACAGACAAGCAAGUUUUCCUUAAGAACUUCCUUCCUUGACGAGUUUACUUGCUCGUGUUUUCGAUCAGUAUUUUCGAUCAGUAUUUUCUUUUUGACCAAUUUGUACGAGCCCGCACUAUUUAAGUACAUAAAUUUCAUGAUAAUUUUCAUCCAAAGCUGCUUCCGAGAACUGCUGAAACUGUCUACGAUACCACACUUCAAAAUGAACAAGAUUUAAUGUGCCUGAACUCCAAUUGUAGAUGAUUAAAUUACAGUAUUUUGUCUCAGUACAUUAAUACGAUAGUGACCUAGAAGCCAACAGAGUGCAAAUUUAGGUCGCCAACAAUUCCAGUAUUUCUAUUGUUGCAAAUUCUGGUCACUAAAACUUUGGAGCCUCAAAUUUUUCAUUGUUGUAAAGAACAGAAGCUGAUAAUACUUUUUAUUCCAAAUUGUUAUAAAAUUUCACAAGUCCAAUAUAUCAUGGUCAUUCGCGUAGAAAAUGAUUGCAGACGCCACAACUGAUGCUUUUUGACUCUUUCUGGUGAAAUAAAACAUAUUCACACUGUUUUUUUUCAACCACAUUUGCCAAGAUAAUCUGGAUAAUUUAUUAAGAACAAGACUUUGCAGCUUAAGAAAAGAGAUCUGAAUUUACAACAGUUUACGUAUAUAAGAAUAUUUAUCGUAAGGACUAAUCGUACAGAUAAGCCCGUUACUUCGACAAGGAACAUUUGCAGACAUAAGUAUUAAGAGUUUUACUAUAGUCUUUUGCAACUAGUUAUUUCUUGUUACAGGUAUUGGACCCACCACCUGGAUAUCAACCGCUGCGCACUCCUUCACGUAAACUUACAGCGACUCCUACUCCAAUGGGAUUCAGUGGCUUCACUAUGCAGGUAUGAUCGCUAAUAUAUUCCACUUUCUCAAAUAUGUACAGACGUUUUCAGAAAAUCUGAAAUAAUGUGUUUCCGUCUAUAGUUAUUCAACACAUCUAAUUGAAACGCCUUGGCCAUGCUAAUUUGUAAUAUUGUAAAUAUGUAGUAUAUGAUGUAUGAUCGUGUUUUAUGCUUGGCUGUCCGAAAGAAAAAUGCUCAAUGUUUUUGAUUAUGAUUAUUUCAAUUUUUGUUAUCAUCAAAGCCAACCAAACGCAAUCCACUAUAGAAAUUGUGUAUUCAUUUUAGACCGAGGACAGAAAUGCCAAACUAGUCGAAGAUCAGCCUCCAGGAAAUCUGCCAUAUCUUAAACCGGAUGACGUGCAAUAUUUUGACAAACUAUUGGUAAGUUUUAGUUCAUAACUACACCAUCAUCUCAUUCUCUUGAUCACAGCUAGGUAGUCUCCAAAAUGCCGCCUUUGCGUUAGUGAUUACCGAUUGUUCCAACUCUGUUAAGACCAGUUGAAUGACAUUCAUUUUGCACGUAAUUUGGCAUAAACAACUCUCCUGCCCCCAAAAAAUUAUCACAAGAGGAAAAAGUUCAAUCCACUAAGCAGUUUGUGGCUUUGCAAAAGAGUUCAACCAUGCUUCAACAUGACAAAUUGACUGUCUCAAAAAAGUUAUGUUAUUCUGCGUAUCGUCAUGAUAUACCUUCGGUGCUAAAUAAUACGUCCGUGUGAAUUAUGUAGGUUGAUGUUGAUGAAAGUACACUAAGUGCUGAAGAACAGAAGGAAAGAAAGAUCAUGAAAUUAUUACUGAAAAUUAAGAAUGGAACUCCGCCUAUGAGAAAGGUAAGCGUGAUAUACCAAUUUCAAAAUUUCGUUGCGAUAUGGGCUUUGAAUUAUGAGCUUCAGUUUGACUUCAAAAAAGGAAAAACCUUGGAAAUUAUGCCAUAUUUCUGAAUUUGAUUUUUUGCACUCCCCUUGCACCCCUGUUGACCAAGGCCAACAGGGGUGCGCACCCCUGUUGACCAAGGCCAACAGGGGUGCGCACCCCUGUGCACCCCCCUAUAAAUCCACCCCUGUCGUAUAUUGCAUUUCAUUGGGCGAGGGGGUAUCAUGUGAAAGUUAUGAAAUGUCCCCUGGCAACAGUUUUGAGCGGUGAAUAAAGCCACAAAAGAUAUUUUGCUCGUGUAGAUAAUAAAUUUGUGACAAAUGCAUUUGGUCAAAAGCUAGCAUGCUAGCUUUUGAUCAAAUGCAUUUGAUCAAAUGAAAUUUGUCAAAUAAAAUUUGCUUAAUAUGUUAUCGACCGGUGAAUAAUAAAUUAUGGAAUCUUCUCGGGUUUUUUCACACUUGUAUAAUGAAAUACUUAUUACAUUGGGGUCAACGGUCCAGGUUUCCCUCGGUCCCAGUCAGUAAGUGUUAAAUCACACUAUAAGCUCACAAAUGUUAAUAGUUGAAAAAAUAAGCCUGUAGCUUAUGCAACCCUAACUGUACAACCGGCAACAGGUGCACCUGGCAACAGGUUCACGAUGUUAACUAACUUGUUAUGCUACCCUAACGGUAUAACUGAAUAAACGCGUAAUGGCACGUGGUCCUGGUUUGAAAUAUUCUAAUCAUAUGGCUUGAAUCAUGGAUCAACUGUAACAGAAAUACAUAACCUUGGUUGUUAAUCUUAUUGUAUUUAGGCUGCUUUAAGACAGGUUACUGACAAAGCUCGUGAAUUUGGAGCUGGUCCAUUAUUCAAUCAAAUCCUGCCUUUGUUGAUGUCACCAACUUUAGAAGAUCAGGUAAAGAUAGAUGUCCAAUGUCAUAGUUUUGCAGCAAAGUAGAGUUCUAUACAGGCAGAUUAAAGUGUGGUGAUUUACGCAUAUUGUGGUUGUGAAUGUACCUCAGCUCUUUUGCCUUUAUUUCAAGAUAUAAAGUUCUGUUUUCUGCCAGCUGAGGUAUGAAAAUGGCAGAAUUUGUUUAAACACUGUCCUCUGAGGUCUAGGGUUCUAGGUUUUAAAGGUUGGCACUUUUGAUUUUGCUUCGCAUGGCUUGAGAGAAUAUUUCGAGUAGUGUAGAUAUUUUAGUAGUAUAUAUUACACCUGUAGACAGGCAAGAUUGAGGCUUUUAUUAGCGAUAUGACUGUUAAAGCUGUUUUCCACUUCAAACGUAUACGUACCAAAACGUACUGGUGAGCAUGCGUAUAUUGAAAAUAGAUUGAAAUUCAGGUGUGUUCGCGUAUCAAAAUGAAAAAGUUCGUUGCAAGUCCACUUUUUGGCGUACUACGGAAGUAUUAACCAAUCAACAUUCACUACGUUUCGGUACGAUACGCUUCAAGUGGCUAACGGCCUUUACAUUUACCACCUUUGUGUCAAUCAAUAAUUGUAAUAAUCUUUUUUAUGUAAUAUUCCAGGAACGUCAUUUAUUGGUCAAAGUAAUUGAUCGUAUUCUUUAUAAACUAGAUGACUUGGUUCGACCUUUUGUUCACAAGGUAAAACUACGAUUUCUACAUCUACAAAUUUUUACCUGCUAUCCAUGGCAUAUGGGAAAUUUUGACUAGUUGAAUAGAUCAAUUUGAAUAUAAUAAAAGUAAAAAUCAACAGUUAAAUAAUAUUAACAUUUUUCUAGAUUCUUGUGGUUAUUGAACCUUUGUUGAUUGAUGAGGAUUACUAUGCCAGAGUGGAGGGACGAGAAAUCAUCUCAAAUUUGGCAAAGGUAAGCGGAUAUUAUUACAAUAUAAAACUUACUGCUGCACGAAAAGUGGACCUACGGCCUGUUAUAUGUUCCCCUUUGCAACAUGUUGCACAAUUAGCCUUUUUCACGCCGCCAUUUUUGGGGUACUUUUUUUGCCAAUCCUGCGAGCGUAACACCGCGUGACGGCGAUAUUUUAUAAUUUUAUGGGUGUAUGAUGGUAAAUGUACUCUGUAAAUAGUUAGUUUGUUCUGAAAUAUUGCUUUUCACAUUGUUAUAAUCGUUUACGAAAAAUUACAGUACCCCAAAAAUGGCGGUGUGAGAAAGGCUAAUUUAAACUCCCCCAGCUCAAUGCUCAAUGUUCAAUGUUGUGUUUGAGUCAUGGGAACUAAUCAAAAUUCGUUUGGAAGUGGUUUACAUUCGGACAUCAUCAGACACUAAUUAUUUAUAAAACUCGAGAGCGAGAGAGAGAAGUUGUGCAGUAUAUUACAUUGUAAUUAUUUUACUUGCAUACGAAAUUAGAAUACAGUUUAAAUAUAAUAUAAAUUCAAUUUAUUUGAUCAAUAUAUUAUCUACAAUAUUACGUUAUAUUAAGUUACAUUCUAACUGAGGUCUAUGUUAUAACUUCCGUUGCAUGUGUAACAGAUUAGUAAGAGAUUGUGUUUUGGUUUUGUGACAAUGAGGGAGAAAUUAUUCAAAUUAAUGUAGCAAAAUGACCGGCCAUAAUAUCUGUGCAGAGCAAUCAAUAGUACAGGGCCAUAUUGGCGUUUUGCUUGUUAUAUUGAACACUGUUUGCAAGUUGUGAAUUUGCAUUAACUUUGCAAUGUUUGGUUCUACAUAUGGCCUUAACUGUUAACAUAGUCUGAUAAUUGUUUCUGCGUGCACCCCCUAGCCCUUGCCAAAGGGGGUGCAGGGUGUGUGUGUUAUUUUUCAUGAUAAAGCAAAAAAUAGAGAUAAAAUGAGAUACAGUAAUUUGAGUAAUAACAUGAUGAUAAGCGAACUGUCAACAACAAUUAGAAUUCAAAUACAGUAUGUUGAUGGGCGGACGGCACACAUGACCAGCACAACUUGGCACCAGAGCUGGUAGAGCGCCCCACUCCCCACCAGAUAUCAUGCUGGAUCCAUCCCUGCUAGCUACUGUAGUAUGAAUGUAAACAUUUAUUUCUUCAUUCUUUUAGGCAGCAGGUUUGGCAACUAUGAUUUCAACAAUGAGACCUGAUAUUGAUAAUAUUGAUGAGUACGUUCGUAACACAACAGCCAGGUAAGUGCAUAGAUGUUCUAUCCAAGCUGUCUUAUAUUUUUAACUCUAUAUAUUAUCAUCUGUUUGAUUACCUUUGUAUAUCCUCCAAAGACGUUAUUAAGUUCUUUGUGUAAAUAAUACUGGAGGUUUUAGUUAACUAUUACAGUCAACAAAAUCAGCUCUGAAGUCUUCGAAAUUGACAUACCUUUCUCCACCCGCACGCCAAAGGAUACUACACAUAAGAGCAUAACAAUUUGGCAUCAAUUUUUAAUAUGUCUCUUUCAGAGCGUUUGCUGUGGUAGCCUCAGCGUUGGGUAUUCCAUCUUUACUUCCAUUCCUUAAAGCUGUCUGUCGUAGCAAAAAGUCAUGGCAAGCACGUCAUACUGGCAUUAAAAUUGUACAGCAGAUUGCCAUCUUGAUGGGUUGUGCUAUACUGCCACAUCUGCGAAGUUUGGUUGAAAUCAUUGAGCAUGGUAGGUAGAUGAGUCUGAUGCGAUUUGACUUGGAUAUUGGACUGAUGACAUGAGUAAUUUUCAGCCCUGCUGCCGAGGUAUAGAAAUACUGAAGUAAGCACGCGUUUAUCAUAGAGAACCGUAAGAUCGAUAUUCUCAAUGUGUACAGUGGGCUAUAAAGUCUUUCUUCACUUUAUCGCAGCUGAGAUGAAAUUUUACCCCUGGUUGGAAAUUACCUAUGAAAUUAGACCCUUAUUCCACUUUUGGUAAUGCACUUGCAGUCGCGUAGUGGAUAGAUGUACAUUAUACGUGUGUUCAAAAUAACCUGGGACUCUUAAAUCACGUGACUGCCAUGCAUGUACCGUUGUUGGCUUAUUAGAACAGACACAUAGUUUCUAUCACACUAGUUAAACUGUGUUUUGAAACUCGCCACCAUUUGUUGUUCCACAAAUUCUUGGAGGUUUAUUUUGUAGAUAAAUAUGCAUAUUUUAUAACAUUGGAGCUUCGGUGGCGAAGUGGUUAGCGCACUUGCCUUUCACCUCUACGGUCGCAGGUUCAAAUCUCAAUGAGAAUUUCUCAAUGUGACUCGAACCCAGUCCUCAUGUUAAAAGAGUAAAAAGUCAACGCUCUGCCGAAAGUCGUGGGUUUUCUCCGGGUACUCCGGUGUCCUCCCACAGGGAAAGUUGACAGGGUGGGUUAAACACAUAGGACAGGGGGCAGAUCAUUAAUGAGGUAUGGACUAAUAGCGGCUGCUUAAAACGCCAUUUGUAAGCUCACAGUCUACCUCGGUCUGCUUCACGCCAGUUCCGGCUGUAAUUGUAAUGCGCAUUUGAUCAUAUACAUAUGUAAAUCGCGCAAUAGAAAUAUUAAAUAUUAUUAUUAAUUAUUAUUCUCUAAAUUAUCACCCAUCACCACUUCUGAGUUGGAAGAACGACCUGGAAGGGUGAAAUGGAUCAAGUUUUCUUGGGGGUUGGAACAUCUAUGUUCUGUCAAUUGCCGAGGUUGAAUGUUUCAAAAAUAAUUAAUUUAUCGUUUAUUGUUUUCAGGACUUGUGGAUGAACAACAAAAAGUGCGAACAAUCACAGCUCUUGCUUUGGCAGCUUUGGCUGAAGCUGCAACACCAUACGGUAUCGAAUCCUUUGACAGUGUCCUCAAACCUUUGUGGAAAGGUAUUAGACAACACAGAGGAAAGGUAAGUGUGAUAUUCAGAACAUUUUCAUUGGCAAGCUUGACAUCAGGGUAUACAACUAGCAUGAUCUGGACCCUUCUUAUUAACGACUAUUUUACAGUCGAACAAGACGCUCGAAAGAGCGUUAACUCGCUGGGGCUAUAGUGAUACGCUUGUUAGAUGGUACUACAAUCAUAUGGCUAAUUGAGGAGUUAAUGUCCUGUCCCCUGUUGCAAAAUUGCGGUGUCCGUGCCAAGUUUGUUCCGAAACAAAUGCUUCCUUAACUGCCUAGAAAAAUUCCUUGCAAGUUGUCCGUUCUCUGAAUUUCCUUUUUGUAGGAAAAUUAUUUAAUCUCGGACUCUCAGGACCGACUAUCUCGCGAUUUAUGGCCUUUGAAACUGAAAGUCAAGCGAAAUUUUAUUGUUAACAAAUCGCUCAAAAUUAUUAUUUAACUAAUUAAAAAUGCAGUACGUUUGAUCCUUGAUAACUUUCGUAUCGUUGGUUUCCUCUUUUUCGGCCGUAUACCAAUGGAUUCGUCUUACUUUUCUCUUCAUUUUUAUAGUAUUUUGAUCCCACAAUAGUUUAUCUUGAUUGAAGGUUUUAGAGCGAAGUUUUAACCAAGCAUACGGUACAACUGCCGGCCGACAGGAGGAAUGUAGCAUACUAUAAAAUAUAACCUUUACUUGUAGUUGUAGCACAGCUUGUAGGCGGAAUCGCCGGAAAGUUUUAUUUGUAAAGCACCGCAUUUAGUACUGUGUCUGGUCUUUAUUCUGUUCUUAUAAAAGCAUAGUUAGCACUUAGCAGUCUUGUAAUUUAUAUUUCUCGAGUUUAUAUUUCAUACAAUUGUUCCUGUGCAUCGCUGUCUUUGACUUUGUAUUUCUGUCUUUGUCGGGCUAUAAGAUGUCAUCUUGACCGCUAAACAGGAUUUAUUUGGCAUUAAUACAUCUCCAAAUUCAUUAUUCUUGUCGCCGAAUCCUCAAUGCCGUAAAAAACAGUUUUAAAGAACGUAAAUAUAUUCAUACUGGUUAAAACAAACAGCAGCUUUGGCUUUUUUAGUAAAAUUCUUGAAUUUUCCUCAAAACGUAGGAUUAUUUAUGGAUAAUUUGGGUAAAAAUUGGCAGGAGCCUUAUGGAUAAUUUGGGUAAAAAUUGGCAGCUCAUUAAUAUUCUAUUUUGUGGCUAUCGACGACGAUCGGAAAUCCACUAUUGCCGAUCCACCACAAAUGUGUGCCGAAACCUAUACUCGCCUGGGCACAGGUGCCCCAGCGAGUAAUUAUCAGACGUGGUAGUGCAGUGGUAGAAUUGUAUAUACAAUAAAAUCUUUUGUGUCUGAACCAGCUAAAAAUACUAAAAGCACUUCGAGCGAAUGCCACAUCAGCUUAUUUGCAGUUGACGUGGCCUCUCUGGCCGUGUCUUUAUAGCUUUGCCUAUAGCUGUGCCUAUUAUCGAAUGUACUUUCGUUAUCAUUUCUAUUUUAAUUGUUCCUCUUUUCAAUCACCUUAAUGCUGUUUUUUUUAAGGGCUUGGCUGCCUUCCUUAAAGCUAUUGGUUAUCUUAUACCUUUGAUGGAUGCAGAAUAUGCUAAUUACUAUACCAGAGAAGUAAUGUUGAUUUUGAUUCGAGAGUUCCAGUCUCCUGAUGAAGAAAUGAAGAAAAUCGUAUUAAAGGUAAAGUUCCACUUGUGUAAUUUUUUGCACCCGAAUACUCGUAACGAAACAUAACUAAAUCCCAUUGGUAUAAUGUUUCUUGCCCAGCUUGAUGAAGCAGGAGUGGGGGUCAUUGGGUGGGUGUGGUUGUCGGAAAGCCAAUCAAGGCUGGAUUUUGGUGGAAAUGCUGGGGGAGGUGAAGCACUCCUAGCUCAUGGCUUCCAUGGAAUGUUAGGGCUUAGAAUGUACCCCUGCCCCCACAAGGUCAACUACGUAACGUGGGCACGUAUUCGUGAAUUAUGACUGCUCAACUCAUCCAAUUUUGCCAUUCAAUACAUUACUACAAAGUUUCUUUCGAAAAACGUUUUACAAACACAAAGAAAUUUGUCAAAUUUUAACUUCCAUUCCCAUUCCCAUGGGGAGUUGCAUGAUUUUUCAGGGGAGGUGCAAAACGAUCUCAGGGGAUGUGCGCACCUCCCCCACCUCGCCUCAAAAUCCGGCCAUGAAGCCAAUCCAUUAAAAGAUUUACAGUAAGACAGCGUUACACGACAAACACGUGAGUUGUUAGGUUUUAUUGAAAUACACAUCGGUUUAUCGUCGGGUUUUUUUGUUUUUGCGCAGGAGCAACAUUGGCUAAAUCGCCGGUUUCAGAGAAACAUCGGUUUUUUCGGUGUAUCGACGAACCGCCUCAACCUGCGCCUCAGUAAAUCUAGUAGUGUACUUGUUUAAUACAUGUAAACCUACUUGUUCUUAUGUUUGCAAUUUUUGCUUUCUCUUUCUUUGUCUGAACCAUUCUUCAUCACGUGUUUAUAGGUAGUGAAGCAAUGUUGUGCAACAGAUGGUGUUGAACCACAGUACAUUAAAGAUGAAAUUUUACCAGAAUUCUUCAAGCAUUUCUGGCAACAUCGUAUGGCUUUAGAUAGACGUAAUUACAAGCAGCUGGUUGACACAACUGUAGAACUGGCAAAUAAAGUCGGUGCUUCAGAUAUCGUUGGUCGAGUUGUCGAUGACUUGAAAGAUGAAAAUGAACAAUACAGAAAAAUGGUCAUGGAAACAAUCGAAAAGGUAUUGCAGUAUUUAGAAGUAAUUGUUAUUACUGCAGUAUUAUAGCAAUACGCGUGAUUUCGUUGUUUGGACAUAAUGACCCAAAUUAAUAUUGGCGAUGUUUUAUCCUUCUGGACGGACUUGGGACAAGAAAAGGUACUGUAGGUCGUCGUUCGGAUAACGAACUGUCUUCUGUAGUUCGCUUUGUGUGAGUAGACAGCUUAUCUUUCUGUUAUAACAUGCAUUAGACGAACUAUCAGGAUGAUUAAUCUAUUGUGAGUAUAGAUUGCGCUAUUCUGCCCAAUUUGUGACACGGAUAACCCGACGACACGGAUAACCCGACGCUUGUACAAGUCAUUGUGCAAGUUAAAAUGUCAGCCUUUUGAAAGGUGUCUGCACCAUUUCAAAGAUGCCUGCACAAUUUCAAAACGUGCCUGCGAGUGGCGCUUGUGCUCUUGCGGAUUUUAGUCGGCCGACUAUGGUCGUAGCGUGUGCGCUCGGGUUUUACCAAACUGUGGUAAGUGUGGUUUUACCGAGAACGGCACAAAUUUCGAAUUACUUCUCGGCGGCUACUUCUUUUUUGACGUAUUCAUUAAUUCACUGAUAUUGCAUUUUUAGAUCAUGGGCAACCUAGGCGCGUCAGAUAUUGAUUCUCGUCUGGAAGAACAAUUGAUUGAUGGUAUACUGUACGCCUUCCAAGAACAGACUCAGGAGGAUAUCGUUAUGUUAAACGGUUUUGGGACCGUAGUAAACGCUCUUGGUAAGCGUGUCAAGGCUUAUCUUCCACAGAUUUGUGGUACAGUACUGUGGCGUCUGAAUAACAAGUCUGCAAAAGUUCGUCAACAAGCUGCUGAUCUUAUAUCACGUAUUGCACAAGUUAUGAUGACAUGUGGUGAGGUAAGCUCGUCUUUUGCUACUUUAUUAUAUAAUUGACCUGUCUCCUUCGCAGAGGUUUUAAAGGAUUAAUUUAGAAAGCGUUUCGCAAUUGCGCUAGAAGGUAACGAAAGAGGAAGUAACCGCUGUGCGGGAAAGGAGGGAAGAGUUUGACAAUAUGGCCAAUAGUGUGAAAAGAAUAAACAUGUUGCACCCUCAUGUUUCGGGCACAAAUAAUAGAUUUCUUUUUUAUCAUGACCCCAAUCACAACCCUGACCUAAAUGUUCGUUCACCCAUAAUAUGUAAGGAUAUAACCAAGAGACAUAUCAAAUAGAUGCGUCAGGUUUAUUGUCAUAACAAACUAGCUUGAGUUAACCGUUAUGGAAGUAGGUCUCAACCUUUCCGUAUAUAUGGUGGUAUGCAUAUAGUAGCAGUGACUAUCUUUCUGUUGCAAUGGAACAAUCCAACUGCCAGUGUAAACUUUCACAUAAACAGAAAAAAGACCAAAGAGCACUACCAUAUGCUAGUGUAAAAAAGACUGCGAACUAUAUAUGUAGUGGAAUGUGCAUUUCUAAUCUUCUGUUUUUAUUCACAAGCUUGCAAUAAUACAUUUUCUAAUGUAACGGGUAAAGACAUACCUAAAAUGAUCGUAUUUUGUGAUUGGCUUUCAGAAACAAAUCAGAAACAAAAAAUGAUCAUUGUUCGUCUUUCAUUGUUAUAAUCGACCAACCACGAGCCUGGAUAGUAUAGGUAGAUGAUGACCCCAUGUAACUGAUGUUGUAAUUUGCAGGAGAAAUUAUUGGGUCAUUUGGGUGUUGUAUUGUACGAGUAUCUUGGUGAAGAGUAUCCGGAGGUGUUAGGAAGUAUUCUUGGCGCAAUCAAGGUUAGCUCAUAUUGAAGUAACUCAUUUGUGUACAUAAAUUUGUCUUGGUAGUUCAGAGACCCAGGGUGUUGGUCUUGGGCCUGCAAGUAAAGCGACAAAGGCUUGCUAGCCUGAACGUACAUGUAUAGGAGUAAACAUUGUACCAACUAUCUUGUUUUUGUAAGCUAGCGGGAGUAAUACAAAGGGCAUAAACUAACUAGUGGUCCUGUGUUUUUGAUCUGAUCUUCGAAACAAAACUCUAAUUACGCCCCUGAUUGGCGGGGAAUUUUGUUUAUUAAGGCCAUUAAAGGUAUUGUUGAGAUAUAUCCCUUAUACACUCUUGAUUUGUGAACUGUGUGGUAACACAUGUUAAACUAUGAUUUAGGCCAUUGUGAACGUCAUUGGUAUGAACAAGAUGCAACCGCCGAUCAAGGACUUAUUGCCAAGAUUGACUCCUAUUUUGAAAAACAGGUACGGUUCCAUUUUCUUAACGUCUUUGCACGUAUCGUGUGCUUUUAUACACAAUAAAUACGGGGGAGCAUGCAUGGGCUACCACGCUGAGUUACCACUGAGUAAGGCCUGCUACUAACGAUUGAAGGUAUAGGUAUUGCUAUUUAAUGGUUAACCUCGCUCUGACUUGGAAACUUGGACUUCGAAGGUACUCCAAUUUUCCUCCCUCGCACAUAAACUAACCCAACUCUGCUCCGUGAUCAGACAUCGGUCAUAUGAUGGCAACUAUAGGAAACUAGAGGCACUUAGUAAGCAUUUGACCGAUCUGUUUGAGCUGUGUCCUUUGUAACUCAGUUUUUAGCUGUAAGGGAGGAUAAUUCCUUUAUUACAAUUUCAGUGUGAAAAGACUCGCGUCUGUACAGUUUGUAAUACGUCAUCUCUGCUCCCUAUUUAUGUAGACAUGAAAAAGUUCAAGAGAACUGCAUUGACUUGGUUGGUCGUAUAGCUGAUCGCGGUGCAGAACACGUUAAUGCAAGAGAAUGGAUGAGAAUUUGCUUUGAAUUGCUCGAAUUAUUAAAGGCACACAAGAAGGCAAUUCGUCGUGCAGCUGUGAACACUUUUGGCUAUAUUGCCAAGGCUAUUGGGUAAGUUUUGUCCACACGAAUUCCAUUGAAUGAUUAACGUGCUACCACCGAUACGAAUUCGCUAUUUCGUGGCCAAGUCCUGAAAAUCAGUCUUUUCUGAUUGAAAAAUAUCGACACUCUCUUACAUCGCUAUGGUCGCGACUGCCACGACCAGGUGGAGACUACAAUCCUGGUCAAAAAUGUUGGCGCACUUGACACUGACAGUGCGAAAUUUGACUCCCACUUCAAUAACAAGCAUAGCAACCCCCCUUUCUCACGUUCAAUGUUGUCUGUAGUGUGUUAUACGUCCAGGGUGUUACACAACAUUGAUUAGGAGGAUAGGGGGUUGUCUGAACAUGAAAUCUUGCAUAAAAUGAGCAACUAUGUAUAUGGUAAUCAGAAAUGAAGUAAAGGUUAUACUAUUUCGACUAAGUACGCCAAGGAUUUUUGACCAGGAUUGUAGGUUUUAUAAGCAACUUUGAUAACACAGUGAGCUCCAUAUAUAUCUGGAGUGAGAUCUCGAGUCCAAACGUGAAAGCAAAGAUGGAACUAUUGGAUGUCAGUUUCAGUCCCUUUCUAUUGUUUUUGUCGGCGCGGUCUGCAAGAAGUGUGCCGAAAUUUCGUACUUUGACUUCAAGUUAAAGAAUAAUACUGUGGUUUUAUGAACUGAUAACUAAAACUGUUGACGACUUUCAUGGCUAUUUGGACAUCAAUUCCGCCAUUUUGGCUUCACGUUUUUCAUAGGCCGAAUGACUGAAGUUCUUGCUCCACUGUGAUAACACUAUUAGCUGCAGGGUGUGGUGUAUAAACACCUACAGAACAAGUUCUUUUAAUCCUCCCAUUAUAAUUUACAAAUUUUCUCUUUUAGACCUCAAGAUGUUUUGGCGACUCUAUUAAAUAACCUGAAAGUACAAGAACGUCAAAAUCGUGUGUGUACGACAGUUGCUAUUGCCAUUGUUGCUGAAACAUGUUCACCAUUUACCGUAUUACCUGCCUUGAUGAAUGAAUACAGAGUGCCUGAGUUGAAUGUUCAAAAUGGUGUGCUGAAAUCGUUGUCUUUCUUGUUUGAAUAUAUUGGUGAGAUGGGCAAAGAUUAUAUCUAUGCUGUUACGCCACUUUUGGAAGACGCAUUAAUGGAUAGGUAUGUUGUAUGCUAAGUUGUUAUUUUAUUUUUGCAUACAUGGUCACAAUUACAUUCCAUACUGAAUUUUAUUUUUGCAUGUUUGCGAAAUCGUCUGUGUAGUAUACUCACUAAAACGAUUUCCCGUGAAACUUUACCUAAUAUGUGCCUAUACACGUGUUAGGUCGUUGUAUGUGCUUGCAUUUAAUGUGCUUUACCCAGUGAGCUCCUUAUAUAUCUGGCGCGAGAACUCGAGACCAAAAAAUGAAGGCAAGAUGGCGGAAAUAGACCUUAGGGACUGGUCAUAAAGUAACUGCUAGGGUGGGCUGGAGGUAAACCACAAAUUUUGCCAAUACGUUCGGUGACCCAUCUUAGGAUGUAGAUAAAAAUUUCAAAGCCCAUCUAAUAUUACAAAAUAUUUUUCAUGACCCACCCAAUCUAAAUUGGGAAAAUACACUUUUAUAAUAAAAAAACUUGCAGGUAUGAACAUUGUAAAUAUACACGGCACUGUAUUGGCAUACAUAAUUCCACCAAGCUUGACCAACACUUUGAUACUGAGCUGCUCUCCAGUUGGUUGUAUUUGCUGUGAUUCGACCACUUCUUGUUGUUGUAUAAACAAAGUACUGGCUUCAAUGGCAUGCAUCAUUUGCAUUUGAUAAUUUGGAUAGUUUUGUUUACUUUUAUUAUUAAUAUCUUUAUUUUUUGAAGUGGACAUGCAUGGGUUUUUGUUUGGUGGCCCAACCGUGGACAUCCAAAAAGUUGGCGGCCCAUCGAAACUGCCCAAAGAUUUUCCAUGGCCCAUCCCAAAUCACUCCAGCCCACCCUAGCAGUUACUUUAUGACCGGUCCCUUAUGCAUAAUAACGUCACAAGGCUUGAUGCCCGCGAAGAAUGCUGGUUUUAGUAGUCGUCGCCCGGGAAAGUUUCGAUAGUGGCCAUUUUGAAUUGUUUAAUUUUCCCGGGCGAUGACUACUAGGACCAGCAUUCUUAGCGGGCAUCAAGCCUUGUGACGUCAUUAUGCAUAAGGUCUAUUGAAGAGCUAUUGGACGUCAGUUCCAGUCCCUUUCUAUUGUUUUUGUCUGCGCGGUUGACACGAAGCUGGCAAGGAGUGUGCCGAAAUUUCGUAGUUUGACCUCGAUUUAAAGAAUAAUACUAUAGUUUUUUGAACUGAUAAGUUGAUUAGCGAUAUGGUCCGUUAGAAAACACUGGAAUUAUCUGCAUGGGGAAAAUGGUAUUAAACAGGGUUCGUAGCGGUCUUUGAAAUCCUUGAAAGUCUUUAAAUUUGAAUGCAGAUCUUUAAGGUCUUUGAAAAGUCUUUGAAUUGCGUGAAAAAGCGAAGAAAGUCUUUAAAAGUCUUUAAAUUCUUUAGUGAAUAUUUGAUUAUACGGUUUCCUAGCUAAUAAAAUAGAUUGAUUGAAGCAAGAUUUUCGCAAAUAUCGACGAAAAGGCACAUUUAGGAUGUGAUUUGACGGGACUAAUUAUUGGGAAAAACGUUGCGUACACUUGCAUUUUUUCGACAGCUGAUUGCUCUUAAAGGUCUUUGAAAAGUCUUUGAAAAUAGGCAGCAAAAAUCUUUGAAAGUCUUUGAAUUUUUUUGGUCUUGGAGACUACGAACCUUGUUAAAACUGUUUACGACGAAGUGGGUCUUGGACAAAAGUUACAGCGAUUACAGAAUAGGGCUGCAAGAAUUAUUACUGAAUCUGAUUAUAACAUCCGGUCAUCAGAUAUUUUAACAUCAUUGAAUUGGACCAACCUUGAAACCAGACGUACCCAACAGUUCAAAACUUUUAUGUACAAAACUGUUAAUAAUAUGGUUCCUAGUUACUUGUCUGGAAAAUUUACUUCCACGUCAAUGAUACACGAACACAGUUUGCGUGGAUCUAAUCAUAAACUUUUUGCACCAAGACCCUUAACGGAAUCCUUGAAGAAAAGUUUUUCCUAUAUAGAGGAGCUACCCUAUGGAAUGACAUACCCGUCGAACUCACUAGAGUUCAAUCUCUCGCUGAGUUUAAAUCUAAAAUAUCUUAAUAUUUCUUUUAUAUUAGUUUCUUUGCAUGUGUAGUUUGUUACUUUUGUAAAUAGUUUGAUACCUUUUUAUUAGUAAUUAGUCUAAUAGUAUAGGUACACGUCUCCAUUGAAGAGCACAUAACAUAACCUGUGAAAUGGACAUCGUGUUUUAAAGAGGCUCCUACAGUUCCGUGCGGGAUGUUCGCGGGACAAGUACGUGAAUUUUACGUGAACUGUCUCACGCAACUGCAUGAUCAAAACAAAACAAAAAUUGACCAUGCUUUUCUGAAAGGUUUCUAAUGGAAAAAAGAGUUGAAUAAUACUUCGUUUUGAGUGCCAAAUCACUUGCGAGUCUAUACAGCAAUUCUACAUAUGAUACGAAUAAUAACUAGACCAAAAAAGAGCUACGAAACAACAUUUUAAAAUUUUUUUAUACACUGUCAACUGAUUCAACUGUAAAACAUUUGCAAAAUUGCAUACAAACGUUUAAAAAGUUGUUUACUUCUCAAGAAAACGUUCACGUUUUUAGUCGUGUUUCUACAAAAUUAAAGUGAUUAUAUGUAAACAGAAAAAUAUUUCAGUUUCAUAGCCUAAUUGUUCAUUUUUAGCAAAAAGUACAAAACCAAACAUGAAACAAAAAAAAACACGUCCACCUGUUGUAUGUUAAUAGGCUGUUACAGCUCAUAGAUUGAGUAAACGGCAGGAUUCAAUUAGCUUCAGCCUUGUUUUCAUCGAUUUAAUCCUUCACAAUAAUCCUUGGCUGUCCACAGCACUCAAAUAAAUCGAAAAGUUGACAAAAACAAAACAGUAAAAACAACAUUGCGGCUCGAUUUUACUGAAUGAAAACUCGUUCUGCGCCCGCGUACAAUCUUUUACUAGUCAGCGACGCUUUUCAAUAGGGGAAUUUCUCGAGUUACACGAGGCUAUUUUCUAACUUUAUUUGCAUUUUACUCAUUAGUUUCAUCGGUGACCUAUCUUCAAAUUUUGACCACGAAUUUAUUUUGCGGUAAAUUUUAUAAAUUUCAAAUUUAAAAAAAUCUGUAGUGUGGAAAUUUCGCAAUAAAUUUUUCACUUUUAAAAAAAUCACACACUACAGAAUUUUUUUAAACUUUCACCACAGUUGCAGAGCAUCAUUCCUUAUUGAUAUAUGAAAUAAAAAAGAUAGGUCACCGACAUCGUUUUUGAGAUAGCGGCACAUUUACGGGUUAAAUUGGAAGGCUUUAUUCUGUCGUCAUGUUGCCAUGGGAACAUUGACAUCGUCGAAAUCUAGUUCGAGAUAUUCCUUAGGUGACCAAUAUUGCCACCAAGUCGAAAAGAAUUCGCGUUCUGCUCGAAUAAGCCUGUUUUACGGAAUUAUUGCUUAAACAAGAAUAACUGUAGGGAGCCACCUUAAAUAAAGAUGUCAAUCAAUCAAUCAAUCAAUCAAUCAAUCAAUCAAUCAAUCAAUCAAUCAAUCAACCUUCAGAGCUAUUGGACGUCAAUUUCCGCCAUCUUGGCUUCUUUUCUCAUUGACCGAAUGGCUGAAGUUCUUACUCCAGAUAUAUAUAGAGCUCACUGGCUUCACCCUGCAUCUAACAUUCUCUUAUUGCACUAAUAUUUUCUACCAUGCUAUAUUUUUACCUGUUAUAUUUUGUGUAUUUUAAACAGAGAUUUGGUGCACAGACAAACUGCAUGUUCAGCGAUCAAACACAUGUCGUUGGGAGUAUUUGGGUUUGGCUGUGAAGAUGCUUUAGCUCACUUGCUUAACUAUGUGUGGCCAAAUAUCUUUGAAACAUCACCUCAUGUUAUAAACGCUGUAACUGAAGCAGUUGAAGGCAUGAGAGUGGCACUCGGAGCUCCGAAAGUCUUGCAAUAUGCACUGCAGGUGAGCAUACGUCACAUAUGUAUAUCAAAUGUGUAUCCUUAAGUUCAUCCGAGUAGAGUUCCCUUCAAGAGAAUAUUCUGUAUUACGCCGAAGAAAGUAUAAAGUUGUCUAUAAUGUUUUAUUUGCACGUAUAUUUUUUUCUGAUUUAACGGCAUAGUAUAGUCUAUCAGAUGCACUUUGAUACUUUGGUAACAGAUGCACUUUGAUUCUUUUUUGAUUAGCAGAAAAACCUUUUGAGAGUAUAUUAGCGAGUUGCUCUUUGGUUGGUCACUGUUGUAGUAGUUGCUAGAUUACUUGUUGUCCCUUUACUUUAAAUAGGCAUUCUGAUAUUGAUGGUUAUUUAUUAUUGCUGUGAUCAUUUUUACCCUGUGUGCAUUCUUUAUGUUACUUUUCACAAAGAUACUAAGAGUGAAUUAUUUCUGUGUUCUCACUAUAGGGUCUCUUCCAUCCGGCUCGUAAAGUUCGAGAUGUCUACUGGAAGAUCUACAACACACUGUAUAUUGGUGCCCAGGUACAGUAUAUACUUAUUAUUUGUACAAUACAAAGGGUUCUCCUUAGGUUGAGGCAAAGCCUGUCAGGUUGUAGCUAACUAACCCGGAAACACCAACCCGGAUCUUACAAGAUUUUGUGAAAUUGAGGUAAUAUGCUUUGUGAUUGGUUGAAUGAAACAAUAAAAGACAAUGACUAUUAAGCUGUUGGACCCAGGUAUGGCCAUUGCUCUCAAUAAAGCGAGCCAGCUCAGACUGGCGGGCAGGAGACAGCUCGAUUAAAUGUGUUCCUGUGCUGUUUAGUUUGUUGGAUAAUUUCCUAUACUUGAUAACUCGUGUGGGUUGAUUUUGGUUGGUUCUCUCUUAAGCCUUAGUUGUCGAGCACGUUCACGGGGGUGGGAGGGGGAAUAGGGGUAUACAAAUCCGCCGAUUUGAAGCAAAAUCCGCGAUCCGAGCCAAAAUAUUAGAUAAAUCGGCAAUCUGCUGUAUUAAUAAGAUCCGAAAUCCGUGUAAAACAUUCGCCAGAUCCGAAAUCCAGACAAUUUUUUCUGUGAAAUCCGACGAUCCGAAAACCAUCUCUCCCGUUCACCAUGAUCCUCUGUCUGGGAUGAAUUGGGCAACCAUGCACAUUCUCACCCACAUCCUGUAUAAAUUGAGAUUAAAUAACUCAUCUUUUCAUUAUGUCAGCCGCUCGCUGGCUUGGUUAGCGCCUGAGAAAAUGGGAAAACUAAACCUCCCUAUUUCACGCCCGCCCGCCUCUCGCGCUAAGUCAUGUUAUUCGCACUAUAAUGGAUAAAAGAAAUAGGGAAAUUGGAGCACUGAAGUUUAACGAAUAUAUGCAUGUGACUGAUAUUUUCUCUGAUAAAAUCAAUAUAUGCACUGUAAUAUAUCGUCAAACUAAUUGAUUCAUUUUGUGUCCUGCAGGAUUCUCUUGUUGCGGGAUAUCCAUCAAUUGCUGAUGAUGAUAAAAAUACAUUCGUUAGAGGAGAGUUGAUGUACUUCUUAUAGCUCUAUCAUCAAAACAAAACAAUAAUGUAAAAAGUAAUAGUAUGAAGACAGAGAAAAAUGCUAGUUGAAAGGAAAUGCAUGCAUGGAAAUAACGAAAAAGCACGUUUUAUACUAAAUUAAUAUUUUAAAAUCUAACGCUCUCGCACUAUACUUCAAGCAUCAUAUGCUUGCGUAAUGAAAUAUGAAAGGUAAAAAAUGUAAAAGGAGGUACAAAAAAUUCUACGCUUUUAUUACUUUGCAAGUUUAGGUGAAAUCAUAGUUAAUAGAGGACAAACUAUGGUGAAAUUUAAUAAGAAGAGAACGAUAUGUAGGCAGGCAAAAACCACAUACUGCUUCUGUUUCGCGCACGAAUAUAUUCCUCUUGAUCAAAACCACAACUCUAACCCCUAAACGUAUGUCCGUGCGCGAAAUAUGAGAUUGUAACUGUUUUGGAGUAUUUUGUUGCUCAAGCAAGCCUCAAACGUAAUUUGUGGCUCAUGCAAACAUCUGUCUGUAUAUUUUAAUAUAUUUUGGUGAUGACGUGUAUAACCGGUGUGCAUAUAUAAGCUACUCCAAACUGCUGUGGACCCAUAUUUUUCAUUCAUUUCUCUUUUAAUUUUUCAUUGAUUACGGUGUAGAAAUUCUCGGUUGUAUAUCAGCACGAGGAAGUUUUGGUUUUCACAACUGUAUGUAGAGUUUUGUAGACAGAGCCUGCUGAAACAUCAUGCACAGGUUGUCGAGCAGGUGGUUUUUGCCGCUUGGCAUCAAAUGCGUAAGCCAUGUGAAUAAAUCAGUCUACUAAAAGUGUUAGAGUUUGACAUUGUAAUCAUUAUUAUUAGUCCGAUUAAUUUGGUAUGGUUGACUACUUGACUGUAUAAAUGGAAAUACAAAGUCCGCAAUUUGUCCGUGUUUUUUUUGUUUGAAUUAAAG